CCCCUCGGCCCUCCCCUCCCCCGCAGCAGCGCACGUGCCUCGCCGGAGCCGAGAGCGGCGAUGUCUGGCAGCGUCGGCGAAAGCAGAAGCAGCCGCCGCCGCACCGCGGCGAAGUCCCCGCGCUACGACCGCAGCAUCACCGUCUUCUCCCCCGAGGGCCGCGUCUUCCAAGUCGACUACGCCCGCAACUCCGUGAAGCUGGAGGGGAUCACCUCCGUCGCCGUGCGCGGCGCCGACUCCGUCUGCGUCAUCACCCAGCGGACCAAGGCACCGGCGGACCCGUUGCUGGACACAGCGGACCCCCCCUUCAUGCACCUGUUCCAGAUCACCGAGCGGCUUGGUAUGCUCGCCACGGGGAUGCCAGCUGAUGGGAGAGCAUUAGCUCAGCAGGCAAGGAACGAAGCUGCAGGGUUCCGUUACAAGUGGGGAUAUGAAAUGCCUCCUAAGAUGUUGGCGCAAUGGUUGGGAGACAGAGCACAAGUCCGCACCCAGCAUGAUGGCAUGAGACCUUACAGAGUUGGUUAGUCCUACUUCUUCUGACUUUGUGUAUUAGAGAGUGGUGAAACUUGUCAGCAUAUUAUUUUUCCUUAUGUUCUAAUAAAGGUCUUAUUGGUUAGUCCAAUCCUUUUAAUCUCCUUCACAGUUGCUACGGUCGUGGGAAUUGAUGAAGAGAAAGGAACUCCAGAGCUCUUUACAUGUGAUCCCGCUGGACAAGUCCUUGGCCACAAGGUAUCAAAGAAUUUUGUGCUGUGCUCAUGAACUUGUAUUCAUCAAAAUGCAAGAGUCGCAUGUUCUGCUGAUGAUUAGUUAUUUCACUUCUCAAGCAGUAAUGUGGAUGGCUAAAAAUUUGCUAUAAGAUACCAUGCAUAAAUUAGGAGCAUGUAUACAUGAGUACAUUGAAUAACUGGAUUCCCUGAUGUCCUCUCCUCAGGCAACCAGCGUAGGUCU